AUGUUCUCCAGCAGCAAGAACAAAUCAUACCGAGAUAGCUUCUCCUACCGAGCAGGAAAAGCCACGAGCACGAAGAAGCAGCGCUCGUUCAAGGAGUAUGCUCCAGCUAGGAAGAUAGUCACGCAGCAACAGCAACAACAUCAUCAAGCCUCACCAUCACACUCCUCACCCUCGGCCAAGAGUCCCGCGAGCAGCUCUCCCACAUCACCCAACCUCAACUCAGCCAUCAUCACCAUCUCCGUCGGCCCAACCCACCGCCUCUUCGCCGCCCACGAAGACAUCCUCUCCAAAUCCCCCUACUUCGCCCAAGCCCUCCGCGCCCAAUUCUUCGAGGCCGGCGGGAAACGCAUCGAACUCGCUCACGAGGAGCCGGAGGUCUUUUCCGCGGUGCUGGAGUAUUUGUACAAGGGGGAUUAUAGUCCGAAGUUGUACUUUGAUAAGAAGAGGGCGAGUUGGGCGUUGGAGGAAGAUAAUUCCGCGGCGAGGAAGAUGGAGAGUACCGUGGUGUGUAAUUUGGGUGGGGUGGGGGGGAAUGUGUGGAAGGAUACUGUUAUCUACUGCUCAGCGACCCACUACGCCCUCCCCGACCUCCAGCGUCUGGCCCUGAAGAAGCAGGGUCUUGCCUCCGGCGUCCACUGCAGCACCAUUCUUUCGUCCGCACGUUAUGCUUACUCGCACACGCCGGCGUCGGACAGUAAGCUGCGGGCGCAUUACCUUGCUUUGAUCAUCCGGUCGAGGGAUACGUUCAAGCGGAGUGGGACUAUGCAGAUGGAGAUGGAGGUUGGGGGGAGCGCAUUGUGGUUUGAUCUCUUUGUCGCCAUGGUCAAUCAUCUCGACGACAUCGCUGGCGCACGCCCGCCUCGCUAG